CAACAGUCAAAAUUUCGUCGGUGGUAGAGCUCCCUAGAGUAUAAAUGUUCCUUGUGGUAGAGCCACCGAUUGUUGCAAGAUUGUUAUGUUGUUGAAGUAUAAUUUUGCAAAAUAAUAGCAAAUUACUACACAGAACAAAUUGAUUAGCUACUAUUUUAAAUAUUUCUAUUAAACCCAUACGUGUAACACAUGGGCGGGAAGGCGAAAACAAGCCAAAGAACGAAGAAUAAUGUCCGUCCCUCCAGCAGUGGUCGUAGUGCAGAACUGCUAAACCAUGCAGCAAACGCAGAACAAUAUUUUGCAGCGGGCAGUGGGGCUGCAGUUCUAUUCUCUUCACUCGCCACCAGCAGUGUAGAGCAGGGGCUCCCUGCAGAGUAUUCCGUGUGCUUCAAGAAGUUUACCAAGAAGGAUCCUGUUACUAAGACUAAGGCCUUACAAGAACUGACUGAGCUGGUGAAGACAGGCAAUGUGACAGAUGCAGAGGCAGCUCUGCCCAGCUGGUCGCACCACUACCAGUUCCUCACCAUUGACUCGGACCGCAGGGUGCGCGAGGCCACACAGGUUUGCCAUGGCGCCAUAGUGGCGGCGUGCGGGCGCCGCGUGGCGCCGCAGCUGCGCCGCGUGCUGCCCGCGUGGCUGCUAGCGCUCAACGACGAGCACGCGCCCGCGUGCUCCGUCGCGCAGGCGCACUUGCAGAAUACGUUCCCGGAAGGAAAGUUAGCUGAGGCUCUAUCAUUUUGCAAGGCGGAGAUCAUAGCCCUGCUCAGCGAAAACCUCACGGGCAACGCAGAUGCCAUGGUGGGGAAACGGAUAGAAGACGCGGAAGAGAGGCAGGCGCAGGUGUCGCGCGUGCUGGCCAGCAGUCUGUACGCGCUGCAGCUGAUCAUCACCAAGCUGCCCGCUGCGCACGACGACUGGCUGUGGGACAGCUUCGUGUCGCCUUUACUGCAGCACAACUACUUCUGGGGGCUCAUGAGGCACCAGCUGCAGCCUAUUCGAGCCGCAUGGUACGGCGCAGUGGGCGGGAUCAUAGAACGGUUCGGAGCGCGCAUUUCGCUGCAGGUUGGCACGAAAGUGGCUAAAGCGCUCGUCGCUGAGCCGGAGAGAAAUGCCGGGGUCGCCGCGCAGCGCUGGGCAGCGCUUUUACUACUCAUGAGACAUGUCGAAGAAUGGCACUUGUGGUUGGAGAAGAAAGACCUACUUGUAGCUCGACUUCUGGAUAUGAUAGAAAAUAGCGCGUGGGGCUCGGCGCGCUUGCUGUCGAACAUGCUCGUGCCGCUGCUCGCGAGCUUGCCGGCUAAUCUGCUCACUAAGCAGUUCUAUGUUAAAUUCUUCGACGCCAUGUUCACUGGGUUAAGCAACAAAAACUUAUUAAACUCCAAAAGCGAAAGACAGACAUGGAUAUCCAACUUGGGCGAAUGUUUGCGCUACUUGUCCACACAAAACUACGACUUCGUUACUGAAGUUAUCACUUACGUCCACCGGACUUGGCUUGAAAGGGUCCUAAAUAUCAAAGAAAGCCAAGCGCGGACCAAUCUGAUACGACAUUCCAUGACCAACAUGGCCAGUUUGAUCAAAUAUUGGCUCAAUCAGUCCCAACAAGAGAACGAAAAGUAUGACCAAUUGACGAGGAACUUUUGGCAAAAUAUUGGUUCCACUAUUCUCACACAAAUUGACAAACUUUCAAUCGAACAAGAUGAUAUCGUACAAGCGAUUGAAUCUCAUAUUCUACUAUUAAAAACAUUACAUACGUCAUUUGUAAAUGAACCGAAAAAGAAAAUGAGCAUACAAUUUGAGGACCAAAAAAUAGAUUUAAGUAGAAUUGACGAUACAAGUGAAACAUUAGACGUAACUUGUGAUGAGCAACUAAAGGAAAGGUUUAAGCACAAUUUGAACGAUUUAGUUCAGAAAACUUGUUGUGGUUAUUUCGAUUUUGCGCAUAAAAAGCUAGUUUCUCAAUCUGUUUGUCCAGUUUUGACGAAUUUGUUGAUAGAAUUUGAUAGUAGAGACUUGUUUAUGGCUCUAGCCAAGCAUUUUGGUGCUGAUUCGGUGUAUGGGUUUUACGACAAGGUGUUGAGGCCAUGGUUGGCGGGGGAUACGAUGAGAUGUAAGGCGCUCGUGGAAAUGGUGUUCUUGGUGGUCAAAUAUCUGUCUGAAGAGGAGCAGGACAAUAUGUUCAGCUCUUUCCAACAGUUCCCGCCGCCGGUAGUGGAGUGGUGUAUACAGCUGUCCCUGUCGCACCCGCACAGUCGGCUGGCCGCGGUAAGGAGAUGGAUGCGGGGCCCCGUGGUGGACGCGAGUGUGCUGGCGCUGUGCAAGCGAGAGGAGGACAACAAGGCGACGAGCUUGUUGCUCAUGUGUCUCGCUCCGGAUGAUACGGGAGAAGUGAUAGUGAGCGAGUCAUCAGUGGCUAAAGUGGUCCAAGUAAUAAGCGACAGACUAGAGAGUACAUCGGGCGACGCGCAGGCGUGGUCGCGGCGCGCGCAGGUCGCCGCGGAGACGGUGUGCGUGCUGGCUCGCGGCGCCGCGCACGCGCACUGCGCGCCGCUGUUGAGGCAGCUCUUCCGGUACCGGCUGCGAUUGCCCCACGACAACAAAACCGGCGCCACAGCAGCUAGCUCGCUAGUGCGGGACGCGUGGCGCGACGCGCUGCCCGCUCUGCCCACGGACCGACGGAACGAGCUGUUGACGAAUGCUUUACGAGACCUGUGCGACCACGUGUUUUACGACAUAAAAAAGUUGCAUGUAAACCGCAUAGAAGAUGCUGCAUCAACUUGCACAUACCUCUUCGGUACUACUGAAAAUAAUAAACCGAGCGUCACCGAACUAGUCUCCCUCACUGACAAACUGUUCACGCAAAUAGAAUCUAAACAACCAGAAACACCAUUGGAAUUCUACGCACUAAGAUGCGAUUGCAUACAUGGACACAUCAUUCCUGCUUUCGAAAGAAAUAACGAGCUAUGCAAGAAAAUCAGUUUGGAGUCUGAAAAACAUCCUGAGGAAUUAUCAAAAGAGGACCUUAUGAUAUCAGUGCAUAGAAGUCUGUUUCGUGGUUAUUUCUUGCGUAAAAUCACACAAACCCCUGAUGGUGACGUGAAGUGUAACUCUUGGUGUAACUUAUUGUUGAGCGAGUCCCACUUCAAGGAAGUCUUCAGUCGAUUCAUGUACGAUUACGCUGUAAUUUACACACUUUUCGAGUAUUAUGCAUUUUGGCUGCAUUAUGAAAUAAUAUAUCAAACUAAAAAGCAAAUGGAAUCUUUACUUGAAGAUAUUUUGACUGAUUUUACUAUUGAAACAAAAGAUGCAAUAUAUUCCUUCCUUACGGAAUCAUUUGCAAAACAGGGCCAGUUUUAUUGGCCGUUUGCAAGAAAAUUAUUUGAUAUUAAAUUCAAUGAAGUUACUGCAAAAAUUAACAACAACAAUAAAACACCAGAAAGCCCGAAUAAAUCACUAGAAUGUUCUCGAUUAGAGCAAGAAAAUGACAUAGAACAAAACGACUCUGAAAAUGUAAAAGAUGACUCUAAAACAAUUUUCAAGUCUAACGAUUGUUUGAUUACACCAGCAGAGGAUAACAUUUUAAAAUCCAAAAUGAAACAGAAAGAUUUUACAGAAAAUUCAAAACAGGAUUCUGAAGCCAAAUUACUAAAAAGCGAUAACAAAAUGAAUAUUAAAGGUUAUAUUUCAAAUAAAGAUAUAUCUACGUUUAAACCAGGACAGAGCGAUUUUAAAACUGGAACAGAGCAUAAAAUCUCAGACCAGAAAAAUACACAAUUACCUACAAUCGAAGAGAAUAUUUCCCAAUCUAAACUGAAACUGUGUGAUUUACCAUCCACAUUAAAACAAAGUAAAAUUUCAGAACUACCACAGAAUAAAUCUGAUUUAAAACCAGUACAGAGUAAAGGUGAAUCCAAACCAGAGCAGAGCUCUAAACCUAUACCAGAACAGAGUAAACCUGAAUCUAAACCAGAACAAACUAAAACCGAAUCUAAACCAGAACACAGUAUAUCUAAAUCUACAUCAGGACAAAGUCAAACUGAACCCAAAACAGAACUGAGUAAAUCUGAAUCUGCAUCUGUACAAAGUAAACGUGAACCCACCUCAGAGCACGAGGAUGCACAUAAAUUCUUUGCAGAUGCAUCCCCAUACGUGGACAAAGUGCAGUGGGCAGAGUUGUUGGGCUCCUCGUCACUACAGGAGCUUGUCAGCAAUAGUGCGUACUAUCUUAAUUUAGAGGCGGAAGCGAAGUACUCGCCUGACGCGAGCCGCGACCACAAGACGCGGUUCAAGAUAAUGAUGCGCAGCCUGCUCAGCGCGCACAUGCACGAGCCGACCGUGAUCGUGCAGCUGCUGGCCGACAGCGUCAGCGUGCGCGGCGCGUGCAGCCCCGACCCCGUCGUUAACGCCCACUACUGCACCAAGCAACACUCCUUUAUGCUGUUCGAGAGGGACUUAACCGACGUGCCGUGGACACAGAUAAUGAGUAACGUGGCUGUCGUGGAGUACCUGAGCGCCAUGGUCGCGGUGGAGGCGCGCAGCAUGCUCGCUAGCCACUGGGACUUCGUCAACAUCAGCCUGAGCUCCCUGCUCGACUCUGUGGGCCGCAGCGUGCACCUCUGGGGCACUACCGGUGUGUGCGCCCUGCUGCGCGGCGUGACGCGGCUGCUGUCGCUUGUGUGCGGCUUCAUGCGCGAGCUGCGCUGCGCGCUGGAACCGCCGCCCGAACACAUCAAGACUAUGCUGCCGGAGUGGGACGAGAUCUUCGCUCCCGCCAUCAACAAACAUCUGUUCACGAUCCUCCACGCCGUGCUGCGUUCAACGGACACACCAGUAACCGCAAGCAGCGUAACCACUGUCGGAUGUCUCAUCACGGCCACCAAAUACAUGGACUGGAACACGAUCUCCAAAACAGCGGCAUUGGAGCUGAGCAUGCAGGGCGUGGCCGAAGCCGCCACCCGCGCGCUGCUCGCCAUGAACCAUCACGCGUACAAGUACCUGGCCUUCCACACGCUGCAGCUCAUGGUCAAACCGUUGGUCUUCGAGGAUGCGCUGAAGCUAAAGGAGUGGAACGCCGAGGAGAACGAAGGGACGCCGCGCCCUGCCACGUGCUUCGCUCUGUUCGACGAGGCCAUGAACCACUUGCAGGACUACACCGAAGCUGCCUUGGCCAACGUCAAGUUAUGUGAGGGCACGUGCGAGAUGGUGCCGUUCUCGGACAGCCACUGCGUGUCUCUCGGGUACAUGCUCCUCGCCGCCUCGUUCCUGCGCCUGUGCACUUCCGCGCGCGGCAAUCUGUAUCUUGUGUAUACGGAAGAGUUUAGAGGCCGCAUGUACGCGGAGGGGCUGAUGUCGUGCACGCUGCGCCUGCUGCCGAGCGCCGUGGCCGCGUUCGCGUACGUGCGGGGCCCGGCGCUGUCGGCCGCGGCGCUGCAGCUCUUCCGAGACCUGCCCGCCCUCGACGUAAACGAGCGCUGCUCGGGCGACACGGUGGGCGCGCUGGCGUGCUACGUGCUGACGGAGACGCUGGGCGGGCCGGGCGCGAUGGCCGCGCGCAGCUGGUGCGGCGCCGCGCACACGAGCCUCGCCCCCGCGCUGCGCCGCCUCGUGCCGGCCGCCGUGGCGCCCGUGCUGCUGCAGCGCCAUCUCACGCAGCUCAAGGACAACGCGCACAAGCUGCCGGACGCGAGGAUAUCGAUCCAAUGGUCUCGCGGUGAAGUGCAGUGCUGGGUCGAGCUGGAGGACCACGAGCUGGAGCUGACGGUCCGCUUCGCGCCCGAGCACCCGCUGGUGCCGCCCAGCGUCAGCAGCCCGCCCAACUCGCCCACGCCUGACACCAGCUGGAUAGUCCUCUAUCUCACCUACCAUAACGGCACGCUGCUGAACGCACUGAAGAUGUGGACCCGCGCCGUCAACUCGCGCGUGCAGAGCGCGGCGCAGUGCUACGUGUGCUACUGCCGCAUGCACCCCUCGUCGGGCCGCUUCCCUAACGUCUCGUGCCACCAGUGCCGGAACAAGUUCCACUCCGCCUGCCUGAAUAAAUGGUUCCGGCACAGUCGCAAGACGAACUGCCCGCUGUGUCGCAACAAGUUCUGAUGCCGUCAGCGAGAGAAUUAUACACGUGCUGCUGAAACAUUGACAAACAAAAAUAUCAUCAUCAUCGUUGCACGUAGGCCUUCCCUAUAGAGCGCCACCACACCCGGCCCUUAUCGCCUUCCUCAUCCAGCCACUUCCCGCUUUAUAUCGUUGGUCCGUCGUACUGGAGGGCGUCCCACUCAAGGACUUUCCGGCUCCAACGGCCAUCGCCUCUAAGGCAAGCAUAAACAAAAUGUAAUAUGAUUCCAAAAUGUAAAUAAUAAAUACUGCAGCGAUCUUUAAAAUUUUAUUCAUGAUUUCAUAUCUAUCAAUCAAUGCUAAGCUCCAACUAUUACUUAGCUAUCAGUAACAAUAAUCUCAAAUGUGGAUGUUCAAAACAGCUGUUCUAUUUGGCGGCCAUUUUAAAUAUAGUGCAAUGAAGAAUGUUAUGCACGGCUUUGUAUGUAAUAUUUUUAUCGCCGAAGUGUGGUAAGUGUACUUUAUAGUUUUGAUUAGCGGUGAAAUAAGCCUCUUAUGAGAAAAUGUUAUUCAAGUUGUUAAGAUCAUCAUGUUGUCAUCAUGGUUGUAAGUAUAGGAUCUACUAGUUUUACCAGUUUGGUUCUCUGUAACUACAACACUUCCUUCUAAUGUUACCUUAACUGUACUGUUUAAAUAAAUCAUGUACUAUAAUUAAUAAAUUGUAUUUUUUGUAAAAUAAAUUCAAUAAAAAAUUUA